GUUUCCAUUUUCCAGAUGAAGAAAUCAAGGCCUCAGAAGAGCAGACUGUCUUCCCCGAAGUCACACAACAGCAGAGCAGGCACCCCACACAGGAAGAAAUGUCUGUGACAAAAAGUCCUUGGACAGUUGACCUAGGACAGCUAGCUGUUCGUGUUCCAUAGUAUCUGAACCAGUCUUCCUUCCACUAAUCUCCAUCUAUCCCACCCCACUACUAUCCCACAUUUCUACCAAAAUUACCUUAACCCAAAAGAAAGCAUAUCAUUCCUUUGAGUUCCUGUCAUUCCCACUCCACAGAAUGAAGUGCAGACUUCUUCAGCCUUACUUCCUGAUCUGGUUUCAGUCCGUCUCUUCCAUCUUUUUACCCACCAUUGUAUCUCUUCACCUUACACAGCCAAACUAGCUAGUCUCCAUUCUUUCACUACACCUGCUCUUUGUCUUGGCCAUGACUACACUACCUCCUCCUCGCAGUUUUCCCUAAUCCUGUUCAUAUUUGAAACAUAGCUAAUUUUUUUGUGCUCUCUCUUUGGCUUAUACCUCUAAUAGAACUUAUUUGAGGAUUCAAGACCUAGGACCUUUACUACUCAAGACCCUUUGUGGACUGAAGACCCUUUCCUACCGAGUUCAUAGUGCUCCACUGUCGAUACCAACCCAAAGAGGACCAGGAUGAUGCAAGCACCCUGUCGAUCCUGAGAGAACUCUCUGGAGGCUUCUUCAAGCUUUCGGGUUCUCAGCUAUCUUGAAGCCAUAUUUGAAAUAAAAAUCUCACAGUGCACAAAGAUGUAAAACAGUGUUCAUUGCAACAUCGCUUUAAAAAAAUUUAUUUCUCACAGUUCUGGAGGCUGGAAAUCCAAGAUCAGGGUGCCAGCGUGGUCUGGAAAUAAGCUUUGGGUGUUUUAAUAAUGGCUACACAUACUAGUCCUGUCUUCCAUGGUCAAGAUAAUACGUUUCUGGAAGAUCACUGCCUGAGGAGAAACAAUGACAAAGAUCCAAAGAAGCGACUGGACCAGAAGGACCUUUGUGGACGUGGCCAAAAUCCAGACAAUGGACUACUGGUUACACAUGUUAACCAGACACAGGACUUACUGAGGCUGCAGGGAGACGAGACCCAACCCUCGGCUGGGGAGGACUCGGAAGACUGGCUUUCAACGCGCAGUUUACAGUUUGAGAGGCUCACCUUGGCUGACCUGCUUAGCCAGGGCACCGCCGUGCUGGAGGAGGGCAGCAAUAUCACGAGGAAAGUGCACUUCUCUACCCAGAUCCUCCACCAGUUCGAAUCCAAGCUUUCUGAGGCUGUGGAACUCUAUCAGCAGAGAAUCCAGUGGCUCACAGAAAACAGCAGGAAGGUAUUUGGCCUCAUCAAGGGAGCCAGAGUUGGUAUUGUCAUUGAUGUGUCAGCCGUCAGCAGUGGCUCUCAGAAAGAGGAGUUCCAAAAGGACUUCCUGAGCCUCAUUGAGGAGCAGCUGAGCCACAAGGAGAAGCUGUAUGUCCUGUCCUUCUGCUCUACCGCCAGCGCCCUCUGGCCAGAACCAGUGGAAGUCAGCUCCUCCACCCUCCAGGAACUGAAACUCUGGGUGAAGAAGCUACAGCCUGAGGGAGGCAGCAAUUUGCUACAAGCCCUGAGGAAGAUCUUCACCCUGAAGGAGCUGAAUUCUCUGGUGACCAUCAUGAGAAGCUGCCCAGAUCAGUCUUCUGAAAUUCUGUCUAACUACAUCCAACAGUCUACCAUGGGAAGGGGCCUCAUCACCCACAUCAUCACCUACAAAUGUAAUAAUCAAGUCCCCCUUGCUGUCCUAAAGAACCUUGCAGAAGCUCUUGGGGGCUACUACCACUGCUACAGCCCAGAAACAGAGGGAUCAAGUGUCACAAAGUCUAGCAUUUCACACCAGGAGCCAAGGUCAGACAACUUUUUCCUCGGUUACUUCCCUUCUGGUUACGCCAUUUCCCAGACUCUGUUGAGGCCACAGAUCGCAGGGGCUAGGAAGGUCUACACUAGCUGGGACACGGACCGACUGCUGGCAGAAAUCCAGAAAGCCCAGAGCCUCCUGGGACACAUACAAGCCUUGCACCAUAGGACCCCCUGUGAGGAACUAACCAGCAUGAUGAAGGAGAUUUCCACAGAGAUUGCAAAAGGGCCACUCACAGGUCUCUUGCCUAAACCCCCAAAGCAUGAGGGUCCCCUCACAAUUGAGUUCCCAAACUUGGACAAGACUUCUGCAGAAUGGCUAAAGAUCAAUGGCCUAAAAGCCAAAAAGCUAAGCCUUUAUCAGGUUCUGGCACCCAAUGCAUUCUCUCCUGUGGAGGAAUUUGUGCCCAUUCUCCAGAAAACUGUCUCUUCAACUAUCCAUGAGAAGGCAAUGGUACAAUUUGAAUGGCAUGACGGGACAGUGAAGAAUGUUCACGUGGACCCACCCUUCCUCUAUGAGUACCAGAAACAGCUCAGCAGAGCUCUUCGGACAUAUGAGAGACGGAUCGAGUGGCUUUCCCUGGCCAGCCGAAGAAUCUGGGGCACCGUCUGCGAAAAAAGGGUGGUUAUACUGCUGGAUAUCUCUGUGACCAAUUCCAUGUACAUUAUUCAUAUCCAGCACUCCCUGCGGCUUCUGCUGGAGGAGCAGUUGUCCAACAAGGACGGCUUCAACAUCAUCGCAUUUGGAAGUACAAUUGAAAGCUGGAGGCCUGAGAUGGUUGCCGUGAGCCACGAAAACCUACAAAGCGCCUGGCGGUGGGCACUGAGCCUGCGGUGUCAGGGAAGCCGGAAUGUCCUCAGCGCCCUGCGGAAGGCUGUGGAAGUGGACUUCAAGGACAAAGACAAGUAUCAGUCCCAGGGCAUCUACCUCUUCACGGGGGGCAUCCCUGACCAGGACAUGCCCCUGCUCAGCGCCUACAUGGCUGAGGCCUGUGGGGGCUGCGACCUCCAGCUGAACGUGUGUCUCUUCUACGUGGGCGAGCCUGAGAUGGACCUCACGCCCCCAGCCCACUAUGCCAGCCGCGCUGACACAGCCGCCGCCUACCGGGAGGUCACCCAGGCUACUGCUGGGCGCUUCCACUGGUUUGGAGACACAGGUAUUUACGAAAGCGAUGACAUCAACGCCAUCAUGUCUGAGAUGGAAAAGGCUCUCAAUUACUCCCAAAAGUGUGCCUUACUGGUGUCUUCCCUGAAGAAACAGUCUGGAAAAGAACUGGAAAGUGCUGUUCUCCUGAAGGAAAAACCAAAAACAUUCAAGCAAAGAAGUCAGCCCAAAAAAGUCUUUUCUUCCAAACCCGCAGCUGCCUCAGUGGCCAGAAUGAGCCUUAAAGAUGACCCUGACAGAGAGAAGAGCUCCCCACUGCACACUCAGACUUGGCGGCCCCCCAGCGGCAGAGCAGGCGUCCCACCAGCUGCAGCCUGGCCCACGAGAGAAGGGCCUGCAAAACGGAGGAGGAAGACCAUGUGGAGGGAAGCAGAGACCUCUCUCUCCCUUUUUUAUACAGAAUCGGGGAAUAACGUGGGCUUCGUAUACAAGAAGUACCCUCAAGGAAGGGGCAUACGAAGGGUUAGCACGUCCAUCCAGUUGCCCAGGAAGGAUACAGUUUGCUCAAGCCAAGAGUGGGUAGCAAAUUAUGGGCUAAGAAAACUGAAUAUGGAAAUCUCCAGAUACAUGGGUCCCAGCUGUACUCAUCAGAAGUCAGUCCAGGGGCUGGUGUCAGCCAAAUACUGCAGCAUCCUGCCCAGCAUAGAAAUCAACGGGAUAGUGAGACACAUCCACUGGACGCCCAGGGAAAUGGAAGCGUACAUCACGUGCCUAGAGAAGGUGAUGAGGCGCUAUGUCCAGAGGCUGCAGUGGCUGCUGUCCGGGAGCCGCCGACUGUUUGGGGCCGUUUUGGAGAGCCGAGUGUGCAUCCUGGUGGACACGUCGGGGUCUGUGGGCCCCGCGCUGCAGCAGGUGAAGACGGAGCUGAUCCUGCUGAUUUGGGAGCAGCUGCGGAAGCACUGCGACAGCUUCAACCUGCUCAGCUUUGCGGAGGACCUGCGACUGUGGCGGGACACUCUGGUGGAGACCACCGACGCCGCAUGCCACGAGGCCAUGCAGUGGGUGACCCACCUGGGCGCUCAGGGGGGCACCUCCAUCCUGCAAGCGUUACUGAAAGCUUUCAGUUUUCAUGAUGUGGAAGGAUUGUACCUCCUGACUGAUGGGAAGCCAGAUACAAGCUGCAGCCUUAUUCUAAGCGAAGUCCAAAGACUCAAGGAGAAAAGAGAUGUGAAAAUCCACACCAUCUCCCUGAACCGCUCAGGCAGGACAGCAGCUGACUUCCUGAGAAACCUGGCCGCCCUCACUGGGGGCCGCUACCACUGCCCCGUUGACGAGGACACACUCCUCAGAAUCCACGGCCUAUUGACCAAGGGCUUCGUGGAUGAAAGGGAUCCCGUGUUGCCACCAUUUGAAGGAGAUGAUUUAAGGAGAUUGGCCCAGGAGAUCACCAAGGCCAGAAGAUUCCUCUGGAAGGCCCAGUCCUUCAGGUCCCAACUCCAGAAGAAAAACAACAUAGAACCAAAUGUUACUCCUCUUUAGACAAGUGUUCUCAGCCACAGAACUGUCACUCCCUGGGAAGCUUUGUAUCACGCCCUGCCUGGAACGCCCUCUCACCACCCUCUGCCCGGUGACUCCUGCUCAUCAAUGAAGACACAGUUCAAAUGGCAUCAGCUCCACUAUGAAGAGGCCCCUGAGACCCACCAAGAGCUGGGACCCUCCCGCCUACCUUCCAUUGUGUCCUGGCCAAACAUCCCUUUUCAUAGCCAUGACACUGACCACUUAUUACACCCAGCACUCCGUGUCAUGCUUCCUUGCUUCCCUGCCCACUUUUCUUGACUGUGUGCUCCCAGGAUGAGGCUGGUGUCCUAUAACCAUCUCUAGGUCCCCAGGACCUGCCACGGGGCCGAUGGAGUAAACUGUGAGCAUCCUGCUUGGUUGUGGAAGCCCAGCUCUAGGAACAGGC